AUGAAAGACGGUGAAAAAAGAAAAGCCACCCAAAUAGUUUAUCAAGCCGCGGAAAUAAUCGAAAAGAAAACUGCCACCUCUUUUUUAACUAUUUUAGAAGGAGCCGUCAGCCAAGUCAAACCCGCACUAGAAACCCGUAGCCGCCGAAUUGGGGGCGGAGUUUACCGAAUGCCAGUCAAAUUGGCUGAGGAAAUUAAUAACGCUUAUCAAGGCACCGGGGAAGCUUUCAAAAAGAAAGAAAAUAUUCGCAAGGAAGCGGAAGCAAAUCUGCAAAUUGUUUGUCCUGCUGACUUGGUCGACAAGAUAAAGCAAAUUAACUUUGACAGUAACUUAAUAGUGAGUGGGAAAUUAGUUGUUACUUCGCAACGGCAACAACCUUGCGAAUUACAAGUUAGCCAAAUUGAAUUUAUUAAUCCAACCGCCACCGAUUAUCCGCUCCAAAAAAAAAAUAUUCCGCUGGAAGUAGUUCGUAAGUUCCCACAUUUACGAGCCAAAACUAAUUAUUUUUUAGCCAUUUUUCGCUUGCGUCAUAGUAUUAGCAAAGCCAUUCACGAUUUUUUCCACCAGGCUGGAUUUUAUUACGUUCCUACCCCAAUUAUUACUAGUAAUGAUACCGAAGGAGCCGGCGAACUAUUUAACGUUACCACUAAUGAACAAGAACUUUUUUUUUCUAAACCAGCCAAAUUAACCGUCAGCGGACAAUUACAAGCUGAAGCGUUGGUUCAAGGAUUAGGCAAAGUUUAUACUUUUGCCCCCUGCUUCCGAGCCGAAAAAUCUCACACUACUCGCCAUUUAGCUGAAUUUUGA